UGACGACUGUAUCUGUGACCGUGAGCAUUUUGACAUGUUUUGAAGGAACACAACGUGGAAGCUAUAAUGAAUUUGGCUGCAUUGUUACACAGUUUAAGAUGCUCCUUGCUACACAUUGAGAACAGACUCAUGCAGGCGGCAGGAAUAGAACGACAGCUGGUUCCAGCCCUAGCAGUUAAUGGUCCGAGUCUGCUGCCGCCUGUCGAGCAACAGCAACUGGAGGAGGGGCAGAGCUUGAAGCGACCUCCCGGCGUUCUGGACAGCAUUUUCUGGAUGGCAGCACCAAAGAAGAGGCGCACCAUCGAGGUCAACCGAACAAGGAGGAGGGCUGAGAGCAAACUUAUCAAAGUCAAGCUAAACAUCGAGCCGUGUCCAGAGUGCGGCCACUUGAAGCAGAAGCACAUCCUGUGUGGCUUCUGUUAUGCUAAAGUGUGCAAGGAGACCGCUCUAAUCCGUCAUCAAAUUAAAGCAAUGGAGGGUGGUCCUCUCGGGGCCCCUACUGUGGAGACCGUUGUCUUGUAUGUGGAUGAGACGCCAAGCGAGUUGGACAAAGACAAGAGAAUAGUGGAGAGACCCAGGAAGCGUCCAGCCUGGUUUGGCCAGUAAUCCCUCAUGUAGUCUGGUUGUAUGCAGAACACACCUUCAUUUUAUUGCAGACUGACUGAUCUGUCUGUUGUCUAUAAUUGCAGCUUGUUUUGUUUCUGCAGGCACAAGGCUGAGCAACAUUUGGUUUGUUUAUGCUGGUCUAUGUGUGUACAGCAGUGACUGAAUUAUUUUGUGUUUUUUAAUAAAUUUAUUAUGUGGGAAAAAAGCAACAAA